AUGCCCACCCAGACGCCUGCCCACACAUCUGCUCACCCACCUAGAUGUCCACCCAUCCAGACGCCGACCAACCCAGACGCCCACCCACCCAUACGCCCACCCAUUCAGACGCCCGCCCACAUAGACACCCAGACGCCCACCCAUUCAAACGCCAACCCACACAGACACCCAGAAGCCGACCAACCCAGACGCCCACCCACCCAUACGCCAACCAUUCAGACGCCCGCCCACAUAGACACCCAGACGCCCACCCAUUCAAACCCCAACCCACACAAACACCCAGACGCCGACCCACCCAUUCAGACGCCCGCCCACCAAGACGCCCACCUACCCAGACGCCCACCCAACCAGACACCCAGACGUCAGCCCACCCACCCAGACGACCACCCAUUCAGACGCCCAGACGUCGACCCAGCCAGACGCCCACCCAUCCAGGCACCCAGACGUCGACCCACCCAGACGCCUGCCCACAGACACCCAGACGUCAGCCCACCCACCCAGACGACCACCCAUUCAGACGCCCAGACGUCGACCCACCCAGACGCCCACGCACACAGACACCCAGACCAGCCACCCAGACACACCCAGACGCCUUCCCACCCAGACGCCCGCCCACACAGACACCCAGACCAGCCACCCAGACACACACCCAGACGGCCUCCCACCCAGACGCCCACCCACCCAGACGCCCGCCCACACAGACACCCAGACGCCCACGCACACAAACACCCAGACACCCGCCCACACAGACACCCAGACCAGCCACCCAGACACACACCCCAGACGGCCUCCCACCCAGACGCCCACCCACCCAGACGCCCACCCACCCAGACGCCCGCCCACCCAGACGCCCGCCCACCCAGACACCCAAGGCCUCCCACAGGUCUUGGCAUCUCUUCCCUGUUAUAA